UAAGAAACGCAGAAGUUAAAAAGGAAAGUUCGAACUUUCAGGAAACAACUACUGAAUUGGUGAAAAGACAUGUAAAAGACAUGCCUGUGAAUCCCAGAGAGGAAGAGUCAACCCCCCUAGUCAGAGACCGGGGGGGCAGUCAGAGGUCCAGCUCCAGUGUGGCAGCCGGCUUACAAGUGCACAUCUACUUUUUUCCUGAUCCAAAGAAUACGACACCAAUACAAAUUCCACCUGGACAGAUAAGUGCAGAAGAUGUCUGCAUCCAAGCAGGAAAGAGAACUGGAAUCUUACCAGUGUACCUGAGCCUUUUUGGUUUAGCUUCUGCAGAUCUGUCAUUUUGGUAUCCGCCAUCACACAUGUUCGACUCAGAUGAAAACUUAGCCGUUCACUUUAGAGUAAGGUUUUUCUUUGAAAACUGGUUUGGCCAGGGAUCAAGAACCUCUUACCGCUACAGUCUGACAAAGGACAGAAUCAGUCCAGUGCUUGACUACAACGUCAUAGAUUACCUUUUCGCUCAGUUGCGAAGUGACUUCAUUGCGAGUAAAGCAGGAAUCAUUCCACCGUUGAGCACCCAGGAGGAAUGCCUCGGCCUUGCUGUGUUGGACUUGUGGAGAAUGGCUAAAGAGCGAAGACAGACUAUAAGAGAGCUCUGCAAGAGUGUCAGCUAUAAAUCAUGCCUUCCGAAGUCACAUCGAGACGACAUUCAGAAACGAAACCGCCUGGAUCGCUUUCGAAUCCGGAACACCCUUAAGCGUUUUUUGAAGAAGCUUGGCAAAUGCUCAGUAGAUGAGUACAGCUUGAAACUCAAAUACCUAAUUGAACUGGCUGGCAUUGAGCCCUCGCUUGGGAGUGAAACCUUCAAAGUCAACCGUUCUUCCACCUACUCUGAAGCAACUUUCACUCUCCUACGAGUCUGUGGGGAGACUGGAAUUCAAACAAGUCACCCUGACCGUGCCCUGGAAUGGCAGACCUUCUGUGACUUCCAUGAAAUUGUAGAUAUCAGUAUGAAGAGGAUCUUAAAUGAGAUGGUCCCCCAAGACAGCAGGAUGGUAACGAUAACUCGGAAGGAUGACAGAUACUUGGAAGCCAGUUUCCAGAGUUGCAAAGAGGCACUUUCAUUUAUGUCUCUGAUUGAUGGCUACUUCAGACUAACCACAGACUCAAGCCACUUCUUCUGUCAAGACAUUGCUCCGCCAAGCCUUCUGGAGGGACUCAAAAACCAUUGUCAUGGCCCGAUCACAUCAGAGUUUGCAGUUAGCAAGCUGAAAAAGUCAGGAUGCAAAGGUGGUACCUUCCUUAUCCGGCAGAGUCCAAAGAACUAUGAGAACUUCUUCCUCACCGUUUGUGUUCAGACCCCACUUGGACUUGAUUAUAAAGAUUGUCUCAUCAUAAAAAAUGAGAACUACAGUCUUCCCGGUGUCCCAAAAUUAUUUUCCAGCUUGAGGGAACUCACCAACUAUUAUCAACACAACAAGCUGCUGUUGGCCGAAAUACCUGUCAAGUUAACCUGCUGCUGUCCACCUCGACCCAAAGAACUCACCAAUCUCGUAAUCGUACGAAACAGUAGCUUGUUUGAACCUCAAGGGUCACCCACAGCUGAAAGAAACAAGUUCGGUCACAUUCAGAUCCACAUGAUCAAAUUUGGUGACCUCAGUUGGAGUGAGAGCCUGGGACAGGGCUCCUUCACUCGGAUUUUUAAGGGCUACAAAACCGACAUCCGUGAGGGAGAAAAGCACCUGACUGAAGUUAUUCUGAAGGAGCUCGAUUCUGCUUACAAGAACUGCUGGGAGUCACUCUUCGAAGCUGCCAGUUUGAUGAGCCAGAUUUCUCACAAGCACCUCCUCCAUGUUUACGGCGUCAGUGUUCAUGGAGCGCAAAACGUCAUGGUUCAGGAGUUUGUGAAGUACGGAGCCCUUGACCUCUACUUGAAAAGAGGGACAUCUGUCUCAGUGAGCUGGAAACUCAGCAUAGCCAAACAGCUUGCAUGUGCACUCAACUUUCUGGAAGAGCAAAACAUUGUUCAUGGCAAUAUUUGUGCCAAAAACCUGCUGCUUGCAAGAGAAGGUGACCCCUCGCUGGGCAGCUCUCCUUUCAUCAAGCUGAGUGACCCGGGCAUCAGUGUGGUCAUGAUGGGCAAUGAUGUUAUUCUGGACAGGAUCCCCUGGGUGGCCCCUGAGGUGCUUGAGGCCCCAGACAACCUGACGCUGGAGUGUGAUAAGUGGAGCUUUGGUGCCACUAUGUGGGAAAUCUUCAACGAUGGAAACUCCCCGCUGAGGGGCUGGAACCUAGAUCAGAAGAGGAGUUUUUACGAGAACAUGCAGCAGCUGCCUCCAUCCCAGUGGACGGAGUUGGCGGAUCUGAUCGGUCAGUGCAUGGAGUACGACGCCGCCUUCAGGCCUUCGUGUCGCAGUAUCAUCCGUCAGCUCAACAGUCUCAUCACAUCAGAUUACGUGAUACUUCACCCCACUGAACCGGUGACACAGAGCCCCAUGUCCAUAGCGCCCAACCCUGCUACACAUGAUCACACACAGUUUGAGGAGAGACACCUGUGCUACAUCUCCCAACUGGGAAAAGGAAACUUUGGGUGCGUUGAGCUUUGCCGAUAUGAUCCUUUGGGCGAUAACACCGGCGAGCUCGUGGCUGUGAAGAAGCUGCAGCCUAACAAAAUCUCAAAUCAAGAGGAUUUCCAGAAGGAGGUUAAAACUCUCAGUGUUUUACAUUGUGACUACAUCGUCAAAUACAGAGGAGUCUGCUACAGCAUGGGUCGCCUCAGUAUGAGUUUAGUGAUGGAGUACCUGCCCUAUGGCAGCCUGAAUGGCUACAUGUGGACUAACCGAUAUAACAUCACCACCAGGCGGAUGCUGCUUUUUGCCUCUCAGAUCUGUAAGGGGAUGGAGUACCUGCAGACGCUGCGUUAUGUCCACCGAGACCUUGCAGCCAGAAAUAUCCUUGUGGCCAACGACUCGUUGGUGAAAAUCGCUGAUUUUGGCCUGACCAAAGUUCUUCCCUUUGACAAGGAGUACUACCGCCUCUCACAGCCUGGGCAGAGCCCCCUCUUCUGGUUAGCUCCAGAGUGCCUCAAUGAGAAUAAAUUCUCCCACAAAUCCGACGUCUGGAGCUUCGGGAUCGUUCUGCACGAGCUCUUCUCCUACUGCGACAAUAACUCCAAUCCCAAAGUGCUUUGUCUGCGAGCGAUCGGACAAAACGUCCAGGGGACAUCUAUUUCGAUGCAUCUGUCAAACAUGCUGGCGAACAACUGGAGGUUACCUAGUCCUCCAAACUGCCCUUCCGAGGUGUACGCACUGAUGAAGGACUGCUGGACAUACGACUUCGAUAAGCGGCCGAUGUUCUGCGACCUAUCAAAAAAGGUUGAAAAUAUGAUCCAGAGUGACAGAUAAAAAUCUGGGAAAGAAGCCCUGCUAAAUAAUACAGAGGCAGCUGAUCUACAGCAGCAGUAUUGAAUGAUGGAUUUUAUUUAUUAUCUCAGUUAAAGCUACGCCACUGACAGAGCAGCAUUUCCUUCUUUUUUUUUUUCUUUUUUUUUGGAAGCCUGCACAUAUUUUGUUACUCAUUAACAGGAGCCUACGUAGAGGUUUCAGAGGAAGUCACUUAAGUUGCUUAUUAUACCUAAAAUUAUAUGCGAGGAGACGUGUGGAACUACAUCCAACUGGUGAGAGUCAGGUUAGCAGAUUUUAACGUUACCUACAGAAAUAGGUAAAAUCACUUUUUUAGUGAUGCAAAGCAAUGAAAUGAAUCUGGUCAUGGAAAUCAAUUUCAAAUUUCCUUCACCUUGUUGAGGUCUAAUGGACUCACUAAGUAAAAAUAAUCGUCACUGGUUGGAUAAUCAUGGAUAAUUAACCUUUUUACAGCAUAUUUCUAAAUCCAAAAUAAGCAAAAAUGUAAACAAUUUUCAUGCAGCAAAUAUAAGGAUACACCUUUUCUGUAGACUUCGAUUUUAUUUGUCGAUAAAACUCAAGUAUUAAAAGGAAAUAAGACAAAGGAUGUGUUUCAGAGAAUUGACAGCAGUUUAAAUUAUGUUUUAGGUUUCAUUAGAUUCAUGUUUUAAAUAAACUUAUAAUUUUGGUAAAAUAAGGAUUUUCAUUUAAAGUGUUUGUUUCCUUGUGUUUGGUCUGAUUUACUGAGUAAAUAUUCAUGUUGUUGUUCUAUUACUCGUUUAAAUACCACUUUUCCUGUUGUACAUUUGUCAUGAAAUGUUAUUAAAGAUAAAUUUGC